UUAAGAAGAAAAAUAAGAAUUUGUUUUCUAAGAAAAGGUUAAUUGUUCCGUUUAAGUGAAACUAUUAAAUUGAUUAAAUGUAAUUUUAUUUAUCUACACUUUUACGAAUUAAUAAAAAUGUUCUCCUUACUUGUAAAGUAUGCCUUUAAGAAAGGAAUUUUAUAUAACCCCAGAUGCGGACUCUCGACCACUAAAGCACUUUUAGAAGAAGUAAGAAUCAAUGCAACUCAUAGAGUAAACAAUUUUGAAAAGAGAUGUUUAGUUUGGACUGGGAAAUAUAAAACCAUCGAAGAAGUGCCUGGUUUAGUUCCACAAGAUGUUAUGGAAAAGGCAAGGAACAGAAUACGUAUUCGAUUGGCAAAUAUUAUGAUGAUCUUAACAGCACUUGGAUGUUUUUUCAUUGUUAAAAGUGGUAAGAAAUUAAGGGAUGAAGGUGAUUCUUUGUCAAAACGUAGUAUGGACUGGCAUCAAUCCUUAAAAGAUGAGGCUGCUAAGGAAGCUAAAUAAAAGCAUAGUAAGUGAUAUUGAAUAUACAAAUAUACUCCACUGUAAAUAAAUGCUGAUUAAUUUUCUCCAAAAAAUAUAAUUAUAAAUGUAG